ACCACAGUGACGGUUUAACUAAAGAGCCUGAGCUCGGAGAAGUUUAACAUUUAAGUGGAUCCAUCAGUUUCUUCUCAGGAACCCAGGAAAGCGACUGCAUGGACAUGUCUGCUGCCAGCUGUCUGCUGUCUGAAGACCAGUUUCUGUGCUCCAUCUGCUUGGACGUGUUCAUGGAUCCGGUCAGCACUCCGUGUGGACACAACUUCUGUAAGACGUGCAUCACUCAGCACUGGGACAUUAGUCCUCUGUGUCAGUGUCCAGUCUGUAAAAGGCGGUACAAAACAAGACCCGAGCUGCAUGUCAACACUUUCAUCUCUGAGAUGGCUGCUCAGUUCAAGCUGUCAGCUCAGCAGGAAGCCAGCAGGAGCAGCAGCAGCUCAAGGCCAGGAGGGAGAAUGUGUACCAAGCACAAUGCACCGCUGGAGAUGUUCUGCAAGACCGACCACAUGUGCGUCUGCGUGGUCUGCUUCGCUUUAGACCACAAGACACAUCCUGUUGUUCCUCUGAAGGAAGAAUAUGAAGUAUAGAAGGCUGGGUUUGAGACUGCGGAGGAAAAAAUACAACCAAUGAUCCAAGAAAGAAAGAUCAAGAUUCAGCAGAUGAAACACUCUGUGGAGCUGAAUAAGAAAGCUGCAGACAGAGAGAUGGCAGAAGGAGUUCAGGUCUUCACAGCUUUAAUAGAGUCUGCAAAGACAGACCUGAACAGCCUCAUCAAGGCAAUUGAAGAGAAGCAGAGAACAGCAGAGAAACGGGCUGAAGGCUUCAUCAAGGGGCUAGAGAAGGAAAUCUCUGAGCUGAUGAAGUUGAGCCCUGGGGUGGAGCGCCAGCAGUCUGACCACAACUUCUCUUCUAUGAAUAUUUCUCCAACCGCCAACAAAGGGACAAAGGUCAGCGUACAUCCACAGGCAGGAGUCAGCGACCGUCUCCCUUCAUAUGAUGGGAUGGUGGUGAGAGCGGUGAAUCAGCUGGAGAAGACGCACAGCAAACAGCUGCGGAGGCUGACUGAGGCUGAGCUGCAGAGAGUCAGGCAGUACACGGUGAAUGUGGCACUUGAUCCUAGCACAGUUGAGCCCUGGUCCUCCCAGUCUGUCUGUAAAUGUGUUUUAUCAAAGCAGGGUUUCUCUGCUGGAAGGUUUUACUUUGAGGUUAGCGUUAAAUCUCAUUCUUCAUGGACGGUAGGAGUGGCCACAGAUAUGCCGUACCUAAAGAAAGAAAUCAGCCUGAGCCCUGAAAAUGGAUACUGGACCAUCUCCUCUGGGCGAGGGCGACUCUUCAGCCUGUUUCAGGACUCCAAACUAGAGAAGGUGGGAGUGUUUGUAAACUAUGAUGAUGGUCUGAUCUGCUUUUAUGACGUCCUUGGUGCAGCUCUUAUCCACUCAUCCACCGGCUGCACUUUCACUAAGAACAUCCACCCAUUCUUCAGUCCCUGUUCCAAUAAUGGAGUUCAAAUCCACACCUCUGCAUGUGUAAUAUCAUAAUAUUUAUCUUUCCCACCUGCCACAUUUUUGAUUUUUUUUAAACCUUGCUCCCCUACAUGGGAGUUCUGGGGAAAUCUACAUAAAGCUGAAAUAACAAGAACAGAUACGAGACGUUCUAAAAAGAAGAAUUAGCCUUCCAGAUGUUUUGCUCCACAGCUGUGUAUUUGCCACUAACAUGGUGUGAAAAAACUGCCACUGACUGCCACAGGCUCGCACUGAGCUGAACAUUGUUGAUUAUUAUGUCUUGUAUUUACGCUGCUGUCUAUAUCAGAUUAAUGAGAACUUAUGGGAAUGCUUUAAUGUGAGAGAUACGGUUUAUGCAUGUUUGUAUAUAAACUAUGAAUAUAAUACAUGUGGAGUUGUACAGGAAAGGGAGGUGUCUGUUAGUCCCUUCAGUUAGAAAGAGAGCAGUCCUAGGAACAGCUGAGAUCCUGUUCAGGCUGCUGGAGGACC